CACACUCAUCGAAAAUAACAACAACAAUAACAACAGUCAACAAUAACGCAACCUCACUGUCACUACCAUAGUAACAUAUUAUAAGCUCCGACGGUCGUCGCCAGUCCAACACUUUAACGCAGACCUUCUCCCCGUCAACGUUUGUACCGUUGCUUAGAAUAAAAAUAAAAUUAAAAAACAAGACUCCACCAAAUCAUCAAAAUGGCAAUCACGAAAAUUACUAUGAUUAAAUUUUUGGAACUCGCUUUAACUAUCAUCAUUUUCGUCUUGCAUUACAACAGUUUCCCAGGUGGUGAUAUCACAUCGAUCAUGAUCACUACCGGAACUUACGUAGGUUAUGUGAUUAUUUUGGCUGGAAUUUUCAUCGGACUUUUCACGGGAACGCCGAUAAGCUCUAGACUGGACAUGUUCUUCGUGUUGAUUGGCGCUGCUCUAUUCAUUGCAUCCGGGGUUAUGUCGUACAACUAUUACAAUGGUUUCGCAUUGAAAUCAUCCUACGUCAACACUGGUCUGACAAAGGCUUGGUUGUCCAUCCUCAACGGAGUUGUAUUCGUCGUCGAUGCUGCGUUCACAUACCGCGGAGAAUAAAUUGUAUUUUUAAAGAAAUAUAAUAUUAUCGUUAAGUUAAAUUUUAAAAUAAAAAUAUUUAUUUUGUUCAAU